AAGAAUGGCUCAAAAGCCGGCUGUAAACACUAAACUGUCUCUUUUGCUCUUACGCUAGGCGUGUAAGCAGAGCGAAAAGUACAAAUUUGUGCGAUCGUACACGAUUAAACUGGCCCUGUUCCGUCAAAUUGUGCAGUUUUUCCAAAGAAGAAUAUUGCCUUUCGUUCCAAUCACCAUGAAUGGACACAGAGUAAUCAAUUUUGCUGCUGGACCAGCCAAGCUGCCGGAAUCGGUCUUGCAACAGGCUCAGAAGGAAAUGCUGAACUUCAACAAUAUGGGACUGAGCAUGAUGGAACUCAGUCACCGUUCAGCAGAAUUUUCAAAAAUAGUGCAUGAAACACUACAGGAUCUCCGAGAUCUACUAGCAAUUCCAGACAACUACAAGAUUUUACUACUGCCGGGAGGGGGUACCGGUCAGUUCAGUGCAGUUCCUAUGAAUCUGCUGAGAGGGGGAUCAGCCGACUACAUCGUCACUGGGAGCUGGUCAGCAAAAGCGGCUAAAGAGGCCGAGAAAUACGGCAAAAUCAACACAGUCUUCCCCAAACUCGACAAAUACACAACGAUUCCGAACCAAGACAAAUGGAACUUAAACCCUGAUGCUUCCUAUGUAUACUACUGUGACAAUGAAACAGUAAACGGAGUUGAGUUCCCUUUUGUCCCCGAGACGGAUGGAGUGCCCCUGGUUUGUGACAUGUCCUCAAAUUUCCUCUCAAGACCUGUUGAUGUUUCAAAGUUUGGUUUGAUCUAUGCCGGUGCCCAGAAGAAUAUUGGAUGUGCUGGAGUAACGGUCAUCAUCGUCCGAGAGGACCUGAUUGGUCAUGCUAUCAGAGAGUGUCCAAUCAUAUUUGACUACAAGGUGCAAGUUGGCAACAACUCGCUGUACAACACCCCGCCAACGUACAGCAUUUACAUCAUGGGCCUCGUCUUCAAGUGGCUCAAGGAACAAGGCGGAGCAGCCAAGAUGGCGGAACUGAGCCACACCAAGUCCCGGAUGGUCUACGACGUCAUCAGCAACUCGGGCGACUUUUACCACUGCGCCCUGGAGGAGUCGGCCCGCAGCCGCAUGAACGUGGUGUUCCGGAUCGGCGGCAAGGACGGCAUGGAGGAAUUGGAAAAGAAAUUCCUGGAUGAGUGCCAAAAACUGGGCAUGGUGUCUCUCAAAGGUCACAGAUCUGUAGGAGGAAUGCGCGUCUCGUUGUAUAACGCCAUAACAGUUCAGGAAGUUAGCAAGUUGACAGACUUUAUGCUCAAUUUCUCGGCCAGACAUCGGUAGAAAGCCUGGCAGACAGACUCUUUCAGCCCUGCCCAGAGACUUGUGUCACUCGGAAGCCUAUACAGCAAGUGUUAUCAAAGACUGGAUUUCAGGCUUUAAUUCCUUCAAUUCACUUCAUCAGCAGCUUCUGUUUAAAAGUUACUCUGAGAUUUGUCGACUUCUGCAGAGCAUUUGGUUGUCUUCAGUGAUUUGAACCCCAGAUAGGUGUCCGAGUCUGCAACAUGGGACACAUUCCAUAACUGUAUUUAAACUUGGAGAAAUCCUUUUUUUUUUAUAAAUUAUUGAAAUGGUCACAACUUUUGGAACAUUUUACUGAUUUAUAUUAUAAAUGCAGUUCUGUGUGACAAAAACUUAACAAACCAAACCAAAAAUCAGAUGCAUGAAAAUUGCGCUGUAUACUUUUUUAUUGCCACCAAAAUACUCUCUCGCUUUCAAGGUAUUCUGCAGGCAUCCAUACAGUUGGCAUUUUAUUUGUUGCUAACAAACUGCAAUCUUAAAACUUAAAAUGUUUCAACCAAAAAAGGGUGCUUAAUGUGUAAAACAAAAUCCCAUGAUUUGUUCAAAAUGUCAAUUAAGUUAUGCAUUAAGCUGUAACAAAUUCAUUGCAAGUUUAACUGUGCUUCAGUUUGUGUACAUGUGCUAGAUCUUCACGUGCUAAUCGGCGUGUUUCCCAAUUUAACUAGAAGUGGAGUUUGAAGUGUUCGCAACGAUCUUUGAAUUAUCACACGAUGGUUAUUUCUGAUACAAAAAGUCAACAUGUGCAGAUCUGCUGAUUGUUGGGUUGCCCCAGUACUUUUCCGAUCACUCUCCAGUUGGGUGAUGACAAGGCGCAAUGCGAGGCAGCUAGCCAGGUCCCUAGCCAGGAUUUGAACUUUGACCCGUGUGGAAGUAUUUUAACCGGUUGUGCCUGCUUCUGCUGUCGGGUAUAUUUUUAUUGCAUUUCUGCAUAGUCGCAAAUGCCCUUCCGAGGGGAAGUCCGCUGAAUUUGAGGGCAUGUUCCUUCAGUUGUUGAUACAAAGUUAGGUUUUGUAUCACAAAGGAGAAAACGUUGCAUAAAUGGAGAAAAAAAAAGAGCUCAAAAUGUACAGUCUAACUAAACAGUAAUGUUGAUGCAAGUGCCAAACUAAAAUUACAUUAAGUGUUACAACAGAAAACACUUGUAAGAAUGCAGUGUAUUUCUCUAGACUGGAAAAUAUGAAAGCAUAUAUCAAGUAAUACGAAGACAUGACAUUUACAUGGAUGUAGUUGUACAACCUUAACUAAGUCGACAAGUUUUCUAUUUAUUCAAACUGUGCCUCUUAACUUUAGGAAGGUAACAUGUUUUUCUAUUUACAGCCUUAGGACUGGGUCCUGUAAUUUGAAGGAGUUGGGUUACCCGUGAGAAAGUUUGAAAUCUAAUGACACUGAUUUAAAUUGAUUUUGACAUUGUUCUUGUUGGUCAUGAUAUAAGUGCACGUUUACUCUGAAACUGAACUUGUUGAACAGGCAGAUGGACAUUGUUUAAAUGUGUGGCUGUUUUGCUGUAAUUUUUGUAAAAAAGUGCUGUACAUAAUGUGACUAAUGUAUUGUAAAAUUCCUUUUGUUUGGUGGUUCACAUUUUGUGAAUUCGGGGAAAACAUCACUUUUUAGAAUAUUUUAGCUCUGCAGACUUUAACUGGCUUAAGAUUGCUGGUUUGUGAUAUGUUAACAUGAGGGUUUGAGGCUAAUGCAUGGUGAAGCUCAUUUCUAAGCUUGGAAAACAUUUUCAGUGUAAUUUUCUGGCACUAGUGAGAACUAGAAAACUUUAUGCCCUUUGUAAAGUUCUUUAUUUAUUAGAGUCUUGUACAUAAAGUACAUGUACACUGCAUGCCAUAUACAUAAUAGUGUACAGCUGAACUUAAUUUGCAUCCAUACUAAGUGCUCUUUGAUUUGUGUGAGUCCUAAACUGACCUUUUAAAGGAAAGCAAACAGUUUUUGGAAAUACAUACGUGUAAAAUUGUAAGAAGUAAUUUACUUUUCGCCACAAUCAAAUUGUGAUCUCCCAGCUCGUUUCAGCUGAAAGUAUUCAAGAAUAAACAAGGGAAAAAAUCAUUUUCUUUUGAAAAUUCAUAAUUAUGUUGGUAGAAUAUUUUGCUUUAUUUUAUUUAUUUUUUGGCUUAAGAACUGAAUGGCUGAAGUUUUAAUUUGUUUUUAAUUGGAAUUUAAUACUUUUCCUAAUUGGUGUCUAAAAUAUAUUUUUGCACUUUUUUUUCAAAACGGAUGAGAUGCUUUCACCGCGUAAAACUCCACUCUAUUUAGAUUGUUAAAUGCGAGUAUGAAUGGAAUUAGUGGAAUCAACUUUAAAAUAUUUUUGUAUUCUUAAUUAAUAAUCUGAACUCUUUUGGGAUAUAUGGGCAUUUUGUUUGAACACCCGGAGGUUCUUUGACAUUUUUCAGCUUGACUGCACAAACUUUUUAAAAAAUAUCUUCUUGUAACGCUUGUCGAGGGCAGGAUUGAGUAAAAAACCCAUUGUUUAAAGCGUUGCAUUUACACUGCACAGCUAUAAUAUUUGCAUAUCUUUAUUGUAUUUGUGCUAAGCUUUGGGGAUCGUAAGUUGAGUUAAGAAUAUCUCAUUUAUUUGUUUAAAAGAUAACCAGUCUUUGUGCAAAUGGAUUUGGAAAAGAUUACAAAACUUGUUACAAAACUUGAUCAAAACGAACUCGAUGCCAUAAGAUUAAAGAAGUUAAGAUUGACAUGUUCUAGUACAAUGGAACGUUGCGCAAGACUUUCGCAACAUUUUAAAGCAUUGCUAACUUGUGUUUUUUUCAUUUAAAUGUGGAUAAAUAAAAAAAGAUUGUAACAAAA